CGCAAACGCCCUUCCGGGCAUGCGCAGUGCCGUCAGCGAGUGAGGGCCUUUCUUUCGACGUCUCUGGCUCGAUUCGACCGGCUGUUUCUGAGGCGAAGGCGCGUCCCGUCGGUCUUGUGACGUCUUCCGCUGCCGCUCUCCACUUCUCCGCGCAGGAGGCUCGUGGAAGGCCCGUUCCGGUCGAUGGCGGACGGAGGGAAAGGGGGCUACAGCGAACAUGACGAUCGUGUGGGUGGAGGAGGCGGCGGCAGAAACUUUCCUGGGCGGAGGAGAAAAGGCCGGGGGCCCUUCCGAGGAAAAAUGUACAGCGAAGUUAACCAUCACCAGCGAAAUUGGAACAAUGCAGCUUCCAGCCCUCGGAGUCGGCUGGAGGAGGAAGAUGGGGAUGUUCUCAUGAGCGAUGCACAUGAUAUGCUGCGAUCCCGCUACAAUCCUUAUGGCCAGCGUCCAAUGCGAGAUCGGGAGCGGGGAAAUCUAAGCAACAUUAAUCUCACUGUGAGACGGAAUCUGAAUGUUGCAGACCGGAGUGUUCCUAGGGGUCCUGCUGGCAAGAAGGCCUGGUUUAAGGUCACGAUUCCCUAUGGAAGAAAAUAUGAGAAGACUUGGCUGAUUAGUGCAAUUCAGAACUUAUGCAGCGUCCCUUUCAAUCCUGUAGAGCUUCACUAUGCCAACAAUCGAGUAAUAUUUCACGUGGAGGACGUUGCUGUGGCCAAUGCCCUCAGGCAGGUGUCCCGGAAGAUUGUGGCACCCGAUGGCUAUAAGGUGGUGAUACUCGCAAACCCAUGCCUUCCACCCAUAACUAUCAUACGUGAACUGAAACCAGAGGAGAUUGAGCAACUGAAGGUUUGCAUGAGUAAAAGAUACAAUGGUUCCCAGCAGGCUUUGGACCUGAAAAAUAUUCAUGCAGAUUCAGAUCUAGUAGCACAAAAUAUUGACAUGGUAUUGAAUCGCAGGAGCUGUAUGCAAGCUGUGCUGCAGAUCAUCCAAGAUAACAUCCCUGAGCUCCUUUCUCUGAACUUGAGUGAGAACAAGCUCUAUCGGCUGGAUGACAUGGCUGAUUUGCCCCAGAAGGCUCCCAACCUGAAGAUCCUCAAUUUAUCCCACAACCAAUUGAAGACAGAUCGUGAGCUGGACAGAUUGAAGGCCUUGAAGCUUGAAGAGCUAUGGCUAGAUAGCAACCCGCUGUGCGAUAAUUUCAGAGACCAAUCCACCUACAUCAGUGCCAUCCGAGAGCGGUUUCCGAAGCUCCUGAGAUUGGACGGCCAUGAACUCCCCCCUCCUAUCACGUUUGAUGUUGAAACACCGACCACGCUCCCUCCAACCAAGGGCAGUUAUUUUUGCUCCGAAGGCUUGAAAGUGCUGAUUGGGCAGUUUCUGCAACAGUAUUACGCCAUCUAUGACUCUGGGGACCGGCAAGGGUUAUUGGAUGCCUAUCACGAUGGAGCAUGCUGCUCCUUAAGUAUCCCCUACGCAGUUCAAAACCCUGCCAGGAGCAGUUUAGUCGAAUACUUCAAGAGCAGCAGAAAUGUGAAGAAACUGAAAGAUCCCACCAUGCGCUUCAGGCUUCUCAAGCACACCAAGUUGAAUGUGGUGGCGUUCCUCAGUGAGCUUCCCAAGACGCAGCACGAUAUCAAUUCCUUUGUGGUGGAUGUCUGUGCCCAGACGAGCACACUGCUGUGUUUCACAUUGCAUGGAGUUUUCAAGGAAGUGGAUGGCCGAUGUCGGGAUUCAGUGCGAUCCUUCACCCGUGUUUUUAUCGCUGUUCCUGUUGGCCAUAAUGGACUGUGCAUUGUGAACGAUCAGCUGUUUAUUCGCAAGGCCAGCAACAUGGAAAUCCGCAAGGCCUUUGUCAUGCCGGCACCCACUCCGUCCUCCAGCCCUGUGCCCACCCUCACGGCGGAGCAGCAGGAGAUGUUGCAGAACUUCUCACUGCAGUCGGGGAUGAACCUCGAGUGGUCUCAGAAGUGCCUUUUGGACAACGAUUGGGAUUAUACGAAAGCAGCCCAUGCCUACACCCAGCUCAAGGCUGAGCAGAAGAUUCCAGAAGUGGCGUUCAUCCACUGAGCGUCACCACUGUUUCCCAGACCAGGGUUUUAUCUCGAAGCUGCUUUGUUUUGUAAAUAAAAUGUUUCACUGUGUAAAUUAAAGAGACUCACCAUGUUGGGUGAGAAAGCCCUUUCUCCAUUGGGAUAAAGGCUGUGAAAUGUUUGGCGAAGAGGCAAGAAACGGCCGAAGAAUUCAUAUGUGAUCUUCUUUUUUUUUUAGAGAGGAAAGAACUGUAAGAGGGUUUCCGGACUUGUGUUCUCCCUUUCCCUUUAAGUUGGAAACAUUUGUUUUGCAUAAUCAAAAUCUGUUCCGUUUUUGAGCGUUGCGUCUUGUAUAUCUAAGUUAAGAAAGGGCCAGCAGUUCCUGACACAGCAGAGUUUGACUGUAAUGCAAGGCAAGCCAGGCUUAUGGCACAUUCAACUUUGGGUUCCCUAGUUUUAGGUUGCCACCAAAAGUUUUCAUAAUGGGGUUCUAGGUCUCCGGAGCUGUUACGCACCAUUGUUUCGUCCUCUUCCCAGAGGUCUGCUUUAAGUAAGAGCAGGCCUGAAUAGCGUUUCUAUUCCUUUAGUUCUUGAAAAACACUGUGCUUAUUAAAGUUAAUAUUAUUGUUAAAACA